AUGAAUGAAAAGAAAAUUGUUCGUACUCUUCCCCAGGUCAGAGAAAACUACAUGUUAGCCUACUGUCAAAGUUUGUUCGUCGCAAUAGAUGAGGGCGAAGUUGAGUUGGCGUUGGAGCUUUUGAUAAAAGGGGCCGACCUUUCGAGCUUCAACGAAGAUGGGUUAACUCCGUUGCAUUACGCAGUGAAAAACGGAAAGACCGAAAUGAUCGAGAUGUUACUGAACCAAGGAGCAGACGUCAAUCAGCGUUGUUGUCAAAAUCAAGGCCCAUCAGUGAACAUCUGCAGUGAAGUGAAAACUAAUCGGAACCAAGGUUAUAAGCAGAGGAGCCGGCAGCAGAGUCAGCCGGUAGAUGACGUUCCAAGUUUCGGAACAACGGCUCUUCUGAUCGCGGUGGAAGAAGGCUCGCUCGAAUUGGUGAAGCUGUUGCUGAGGCACGGCGCUGACACUGUCGUCAAAAACGAGAAGCGAGAAAACUGCCUGAUGAUAGCCGCGAGGCGAGCGUCGGCGCAACCGGAGACUUACCGGCAGCUAUUGAAGGUGUUGCUGGACUCCGGUGCCGAUCUUACGAGCGAUCGCACUUUGGAAUACAUCGUGCUCGACAGAGUACUUCUGCACGGUGGCUUGGAGUCUUUCUUGUUGCUUCUCGAACGGGGCGUCGACAUAAUCAACAUUAGCCGUAGCUCCAGGAGCUUGCUCUCGGCAGCGAUGAACAAGGAUUGUGGUAUUCUGAAGUGGCUCUUGGAGCGGAAUUACUUCGACCUGGAACGGAAGAACGUGAGGGGCGAGACUGCGCUGCAUCUGGCCGUCGAGGCGAAUUUGCUGGUGACUGCCGAGUGCCUUUUGGAGUACGGGGCAAAGUUGGAGAGCUGCUCGAACGACGGUCUCACACCUCGAGAUUUGGCUAUAUAUUCAAGCUUCGGAUAG